GCAUGUACCCCUGUAAAAAUAUUACGUCUAAUGGUUGUGAUUAAUUAAAAAAUAGCAAUGUGUUGUAUACAAAACGUAUAUAUAGAAAAUGUACGACACGACGACACUGAUAACGACAAUGAAAACAAAUGAUUGGUAUAGAGAUUGGAGAAAAUGAACACAGCUGUCAAAACGUAGAGGUCUUAUUCUUUUUUUAACAAUUUCGCCGGAGUUUCAACGGCGGGUUUUAAAGAUUAGAUUAGCAUUAUUAACAAUGUUCGCAGUGUCAUUGACAAAUUGGAAUUUUUUUGGGAUCAUUCCGUCGGAUCGUUUUCGUGUAUGGCUAUCGCGCGAGAAAGAGACUUACGUAAGUCUGAACUUGAUAAGUCGUCUUGAAAGCUUGUCAAAUCAGAAAAGUUUUUUUUCUCUCGUUCGUGCUAAACGAAGUAAAAAAUCGGGAACUUCACAAGAUUUUCGCAAUCCGUUGGAUUAUUUUUGAAAGUCUUUCAAAAUGCCGGAAACGGGUAAACACGCGAGUUUUUACGUAGGUGCGAUCGACGAAGGAACCAGCAGUGCUCGAUUUUUGGUAUUCGAUGUACCAAAAAGAAAAGUCAUUACUUCGCAUCAAAUAGAAAUCAAACAAAUAUAUCCACAAGAAGGAUGGGUCGAACAAGAUCCUAAAGAGAUUUUGAAUGCUGUUAUGGAAUGCAUUAAUCAGACCAUGAAGAAAUUAAAUGAAAUGGGCAUCGACAAAAGUCUAUUGAAAGCUGUCGGAGUCACUAAUCAACGAGAAACUACUCUUGUUUGGGACAAAGAGACUGGAGAACCUCUUCAUAAUGCAAUUGUUUGGCUAGACAUGAGAACAACAACUACGAUCGAGGAUUUACUUGAAACCAUACCAAACAAGAGUAGGAAUAAAAAUUAUUUGAAGCCUCUGUGUGGUUUGCCCAUAUCGCCGUACUUCAGUGCCCUAAAAAUUCGCUGGCUCAUGGACCACGUUCCAAAAGUUAAGCAGGCUAUCGAAGCUAAUAGAUGUGCUUUUGGUACUGUUGAUAGCUGGAUUAUUUGGAAUCUCUCAAAAGGGCAACUCCAUAUAACAGACGUAUCAAACGCGUCUCGAACAAUGUUGAUGAACAUCGAGAGUCUGAAGUGGGAUCCUCUGUUGUUGAAAUUUUUUGGAGUCUCGACGAAAGUCUUACCAGAAAUUCGCUCAAGUUCUGAGACUUAUGGUUACGUAUCUCAACCGGAAAUAAUUGCUGGAGUACCGAUUUCCGGUUGUGUUGGUGAUCAACAAGGAGCGCUUCUGGGUCAAUUGUGUCUGAGACCGGGCCAAGCAAAAGCUACUUAUGGUACAGGAUGUUUUCUUCUCUACAAUACUGGAAAUAUUAAAGUCGAUUCGACCCAUGGCCUCAUCACCACCGUCGCUUAUAAGUUUGGAAAAGAAAAAGCAACUUAUGCACUCGAAGGUUCUGUCGCCGUGGCCGGGGCAGCGUUGUCUUGGUUGCGAGAUAAUUUGAAAUUAUUGGAAAACAUAACGGACACUCAAGAUCUAGCUGAACGUGUUCGUACUUCUGGCGACGUUUAUUUUGUGCCUGCUUUUUCAGGACUUUACGCUCCGUAUUGGCAACAGGAUGCACGAGGGGUAAUAUGCGGGAUAACUGAGGAUACCGAACAAUAUCACAUUAUAAGAGCUGCUUUGGAGGCUGUUUGCUUCCAAACACGUGAUAUCCUCGAAGCCAUGAUCCAGGAUUCGGGUACAAGAUUGAAAACUUUACUCGUAGACGGUGGAAUGACUGUAAACAAUUUACUGAUGCAGUUGCAGGCAGAUUUGACUGGAAUUUCAGUUGUGAGACCACAUAUGGUGGAGUCGACGGCUCUCGGUGCAGCGAUUCUUGCAGCCGUUGGUGCAGGAUUGAUGGAAAUAACUGAAGUCGAGCCAUCCCAAGGCACGGAAUUUAAAACUUCCAUCAAUGACGAUGAACGAGACCUUCGCUACUCGAAAUGGAAAAUGGCAAUCGAAAGAUCAAUGAAGUGGGACUGCCAAACCAGCUUGGUGGAUUAGGUGUAUAUAACGAGUACUUAGGAUAAAAUUAAUUAAUUGAAUUAUUGGUAGAUCCAUAAUGUAAAUAGUUUUCCAUUCGACAUGGACCAAAAGCAAUAUUUUUCCAAUUACUAUAGCAAUUGAUUUUUUUUUUUUCUUUUUCUUUUUAUACACAGAAAAUCAUGAACUUGUGUAUUCAUGGAAUGUUGAGGAAAAAAAUCACAAAUAAUCUAGAUGAGAGAGUUAAACGUAAAGUUAAAAGGUUUUAAAAUUUUAUGAAAUUUUCGUCAAUUGUUAUUUGCUCAAAAUUCUAAAAAAUAUUAAUGAUGAUGAAUCUUGUAGAAAUAUUUGAACGACGUUGAAAAAAAUGCAGAAAAAUGAUAGACUUAGCUUGUUAAAAAUAAAAAGAAUUAAUUUUUCGAAA